CACAGUAAGUACCUUCGUGUUACUUGUUUAUACCUUUUUGAUGGUUUAUGUAAUUUACAGCUAACGUCAUAAAUCACUUUAGUUUCGCACGCUAAAGCAACUACUCAUGUAAUUAGUAAUAGUUCACCAACUAAUAUCAGCAAUGAUCUGCGUUAUAUAAUAAACUAAAAUCCAUGUCAACCUGGUUGAGAGUACUGCUGUUAUUGGCUGCUGGCAGUCAAUGCAUUAAUGCUUACUGCAACGAGACUGCUGUUAAAAGUAUUAAGAACUUUUGGGGUAAAAAGCCAACACAUGUGUAUUUACAAAAGCUGGUUGGGACACUAACAUAUGUCUGGAUCUCACCAAGUAUUCUGGGAGGUCAAAAUCUGACAUGUUUCCAGACAACGGUUGCCACGGAUGAGAUGUCUGUUAAGGACUACAUGGUUGACGUUGAUGGGUCCACUUCAACCUCAAUUGAUUAUUUCUAUCUUUUGGAGCGGCCAGGUUAUAUCACCCUUACAUCCCCGGGCUCCCCGGAUGACUGGGCUCACGUGGUCUAUUUCAAUAGCAAGAGACAUGUCAUGGCGUACUACCAAUGCAGUCCAACAGGGGACAGCUAUGAACCAUUCGUUGCCGUUGUUGCAGUAAACUACAAAAAGAACAGUCUGGCCAUCGCCAGAGCUAUCCGAGCAGCUAUAGCAGUUUUAGACAAACUUGGGAUUAACACUGGCUCAAGCAUUCGCACAGACUGUAGUACCUUCGUUAGGAACAGUACCAUCAUAAAGUAAUAAGAAACCAUAUAAACUAAUUUUAUGUAUUAUGUAUAAAAUGUCUUCAUAAACCAUUUUGUAUUGUGAAAGUAAAAAAAAAUUAUUUGUAAAGUAAAAUCGUAACUUAAUAUACUUAAAAUUUCGGCCUUUCACCAUUUUAAUUUUUUUC